AUGGGACGGGCUUCGUUCGAGUACGAUGAAGUGGGGAACACGUUUUAUUACGUCUUGGUCUCUUUUUACGCAAUCAUCUUGAUUCCGGUGACGUACCUCUUCUUUCCUACUGGCAAAACAGAAGUAGUUGAAGUUGACGAACGCGAAUGUCAAUGUGUUGGAUGCGCAAGAAAACGUCAGUUGAAAGCAGCGAAUAGACCAUGGAAACUUACGAAAACCAUACUAACAGUUGUGGCGCUAGUGAUUGCAUGGAUAGUUUUUGCACUAAUUGUAAAAAAGGUUACGGAAAUUGAAGUCACUUAUCAAGAGUAUAAUCCAUAUCAAAUAUUAGGUUUGGAUCAGGGCGCUGAUACAGCAGCGGUGAGAAAAGCCUACCGCGAGCUUUCCAAGAAAAUGCAUCCUGACCGAGGAGGAGAUGCACAGAUGUUCGACAAGAUUGCCAAGGCAUAUCAGGCUCUCACUGAUGAAGAAUCAAGAGAAAACUGGGAAAAGUAUGGGAAUCCGGACGGACCAACAGCUACUACAUUUGGAAUCGCUCUACCGAAAUGGCUUGUGAGCAAAGAAUACGGUUUAUGGGUACUUGCCUUUUAUGGACUCCUAUUCAUGGUUGUUUUGCCGGUGGUUGUGGGGAUAUGGUGGUAUAAUUCAAUCAAGUAUAAUGUUGACAAGGUUCUACUCGAUACUACACAGCUCUAUUACUAUUUUUUGCACAAAACACCAAAAAUGGAAAUAAACCGGAUGUUGAUGUUACUGGGAGGAUCGUUCGAGUUUUGGAAACAAUAUAAUAAGGACAUCGUUGAAAGAGAGACAGAUGACGUGGAGCUUACCAGGUACAUACAAUGUGUGUCUCUCUUAAUCGACUACAAAGUUUGUUGCAGGCGUAUGAAAUCACUUCCGAACCUUGGAGAGAACAAGAAGGAAAGACCACUAUCACUUCCAUAUUCACUGAAAGCCCGGAUCUUGAUCCAUUCAUAUCUCACACGCAUUCCGCUCGACAACGACGGACUUGAGUUUGAUCAACGGUAG